AAACUUGCAUUACCGGAAUAUGGAGAUUUGCAUCGAGUCAUUCUGAAGACUUUAAUCAAUAUGUGUAUGAAUCAGUCUGCUCGUCUCAAAAUCGUUCCACUAGUGCCAGUUGCUGCCAGAGUUCUUGACACCACCCCGGACAGCAUUGCGCAAGUUCACGCCUUGGGAUUGCUGGGCAUCCUGUCCUCCGUUCCUCCUGUGGCCACAGGGCUCGUUGACUUUGGAAUGUGCAAGCGAUUAAUAAAGAUAUUGUCUGGGGACAGUGAAACCGACAUGAAAGAAACUGCAGCGUAUUGUGUGUCACAACUUGCACAAACCGAUUUUCGUGCAAAACAAGAAUUUGUUGAUGCAAGUUUUUCAAUUGAAUUUUCAUGUGAAUUUUGAAAUUUGUAAAAAAUAGUCUCCUGCUGUUUACUUAUUUCUAGGCACUUUCACCACUUUUAACAUUUGCAGAAACAAAGAAACUGUCCGAUGCUGGAUUUGAGUACACGAUGAUGGCUUUUGCAAGUGUACUACAAGAUAGUCACAAGGCAUGUCCUACUUUUGUGAAUCAAGGAGGGAUUUGUGUAUUUCGUAGAAUUCUUGAAAACCGAUCAAAUUAUUCCGAGGAUGGAAUUCUUACUCUGAUGACCUGCAUUGGCUUAAUCACUGCUCACUGGAAUUUGCGGAAUCAUUGCAUUGAAUCUGGAAUUAUUCCAGCCUUGUUAAAUGCAGCACAGAAUAGCAAAUCUCCGCAGUUCAUGACAACAUGUGCUAAUGCUUUGUAUGGUUUGCUGUGCAACGAAGGUGGGAGAAAGCAGUUUUUGGAGAAUGACGGAUUCAGUUUCCUUGUGGAAUUGCUUUCACAUAUUGAAUUUCCUGUCGUUGUUUCUGCGGUCCCGAUGAUCCAUAUAUUAGGAACAUAUCAAGACAUUACAAGGGGUUUAAUUGAGCAAGGGAUUCUACAAGUAAUUUGGCAACGACAGGACCUCAUUAGCAAAAACGGACCUUUGAGGACUGCAUUUGAACAUCUUAUUUCAACCUAUUUACCAGUCAAGUAUGCAAUUUCGGGACAUAUUGACCCCUACGAGAAACUCAAGGAUGGGUUUUAUGACAUUGGAGGUCUCAAAAGCACCGACUGCUUUAUGACAAUGAACCAGAUGACUUGGGAGAACAGGGACAUACAACGUCAAGUGCUGUUCUUAAACUGGAAUGGAAGUUUUAAUGACGAAGCUGCCCUAAAGGAGAAUAAGAGCUUGAGAAUUAUGAAGGCAGAGAACCAAAACUGUCAAUCUCUUGUGGAUGUUGUAAAGCAAGACCUUGGAAAGAUUCGAAGUGAGAAAGAACUCGUGCGUUCAAUCGCUGUCGCUGUUUCUGAUCGAAUGGGUGGAAUUUUGGACAAAUGGAGGGCAAGUGCUCAUACUGAAGAUGUUGAGGUUGCCGAUCUUCAACUGAAACACAAGUCCGUUGUGAUUCCCAUUUCAAUGAUCAACAACGGAGGGUUCAGGACUCGAGCCUUGUUGUUCAAAGCGAUGUGCGACGUAUUCGGAAUCCCUUGUUCCGUAGAACGUGGAGAGUACAGUCGAAUGUGGAACGUUGUUCUUUUGCAGUCCAAACGACCCCAGAAACCCUCGUGUCCUUGUGCGGAAGAUGAGGAGACAGCCCGGAGUCUAGUUUAUACGGAGAAAUUGCGGAGAUUUGUUGUGGACCUGGUUUAUCAACCUGGAACUCUCCUCCCCGUCAACUCGUACGAUGCCAACAGUUACUGCUUCGUUUAACUGCUUCUUUUAGCAAUGUCACAUUCUGCUAUGCGAUAUAUGUUAUCGUUAACGAUCAACAAUUGUGAUGAAAUACAUAAUUAGGGUUCUCAGCAAU